UUAGUCUCCAACUCUCCACGACGUUGCAACGGCUUCCUGCUACUUUUGUAUCUUCGAUAACAUCGUCCACCACAACAACACUUCUACUUCCCUAGUACACGGUCCCCAAAAUGCCGAUCAACUGGCAAACCCCCGAGGUCAAAGACCGCCUCCUCGCCGCCAUCCUCGCGAGCUUCGACUCCAACAUCAACUGCCGCGAAGUCGCCCGCCUCUUCGGCCCGGAGGCCACCUACAACGCCAUCGAGAACUUCCUGCGCAAGCCGAAGCAGCUGGCAAAGCGGCUCAAGGAGGAGGCUGAGGGGCGCGACGGCCGGGCGGCGAGUCCGGCGCGGGCGGCGCUGGUGAAGAAGGGCGGGACGCCGGUGACGCUUGGUGCCAAGACGGGCCGCGUGAUGAAGGGCAGGAAGAAGGGGAGUCCGGUUAAGAAGGUCAUGUUGGAUGGGGAGGAGGAUCUGUUCAGCGGUGGGUUGGGCGCGGGUGUGGGUGCGAGAGUGGGUGUGAAGAUGGAGAUGGAGAUGGAGAUGGAUGAUGAGGGGGAGAUCUGAGUCUGCUCGUUGAUCUCUCUUCCCCGUCUAUCAUUACCGUCGACUAUCGUCGUCGCUGGGUUGGGGUCUCGAGUUGGGGCGGGAAGGGGUGGACGUGCUGUGCUCUUGUGAUCGCGGCCACGGCCAUGGUCGUGGGUUCGAUGUCUUUCCUUCUUUCCCUCUUUGGGUUGGCGCGGUGGAUGAUAUGGACUUAAAGAGGUGCACACAGCGCAGCUAGCUUAGCUCAGGCCUUCCCAUCCGUCUGCGGAUGCGAAAGCAGCGUGCUGUGCUGUGCGAAAAAGCGAUGAUUCAUG